AGAACUCGGGAGUCAGGAACAAAGGGUAUAUAGUAGGGACGUGGCAUCCUCAAGUUACCAAACAACCCCACCUCCAGUAAUCUCACAAAAAAACAUAUAUAUAUACAAUGGCCCCCGAAAUCCCUGUAGACGUGUUCACCGGAACCGGCAAGGUUUCUACGCUUCACGCCGGCUACUCUAAGAGGGCGUACAUAACAUUUUUGGCCGGUAAUGGCGACUACGUCAAGGGGGUGGUUGGUUUGGCAAAGGGUCUGCGCAAGGUCAAAAGUGCUUACCCUUUGGUGGUUGCAAUGUUGCCUGACGUGCCGGAGGAGCACCGUCAGAUCUUGCGGUCUCAAGGAUGCAUCCUCCGUGAGAUCGUGCCGAUUUAUCCGCCUGAAAACCAAACUCAGUUUGCUAUGGCCUACUACGUUAUCAACUACUCCAAGCUUCGUAUUUGGAAUUUUGAGGAGUACAGCAAGAUGAUGUAUUUGGAUGCGGAUAUUCAAGUGUUCGAGAACGUAGACCAUCUCUUUGACACGCCGGACGGCUACUUCUACGCCGUGAUGGACUGCUUUUGCGAGAAGACAUGGAGCCACGCGCUGCACCAUCAGAUUGGGUACUGCCAGCAGUGCCCGAAGAGGGUGCCAUGGCCUGCCGAGUUGGGUCCUGCUCCUGCCUUUUACUUCAACGCCGGCAUGUUCGUCUUCGAGCCUAGCCGUUUAACUUACGAGAAUCUUCUCGAGGUCCUCCAAAUCACUCCACCUACUCCGUUUGCAGAGCAAGAUUUCCUGAAUAUGUUCUUCGAAAAGGUGUACAAGCCCAUCCCCCCGGAAUACAACCUUGUUCUUGCAAUGCUAUGGCGCCAUCCGGAGAACGUGGAGGUUGACAAGGUCAAGGUGGUGCACUAUUGUGCUGCUGGAUCAAAACCAUGGAGGUACACUGGCAAGGAAGUAAACAUGGACAGAGAGGACAUUAAGAUGUUCGUAUCAAAAUGGUGGGAUAUUUAUAACGACGAGUCACUGGAUCUGAAGGAUGAAAACCCAGUUGUAGAGGAAGAGGCAUUCUCAAAGUCAUCGAUCAUGGCUUCCAUGCCUGAGCCCACAAUGUCCUACAUUCCUGCUCCCUCUGCCGCUUGAAGGGGAUCCGGCCGGAGAGUGUUUGGACGAUAUUGAUCGUGAUGUUGUAAUCCCAUCUUUUCUUUUCCUUGUAUCUUUUUCCCUAUUUUAUACUUUUUCUAUGCUGCUUGGCCUUUCCAUGUUGUGAGAGUUCAUAGGAAAUUAAUACAUGUAGAGUUUUUCUUAA